CCAGUACCCCACGGCCCACACAAUACGAGGGGACUCAUUCCCUGGAAUAAAAUGACCAAAUACACCUUUCUCUCGAUUCUGCUGACCGCAGCUACUUCAAUUAUCGCUUCACCCGCCCCUCAUCCACUUCACUUAGAAGUCCGCACAGCAAUCGAUACGGGAGCCGCCAAUGUCCACCUAAUCCGUAGAUCUCUUGUGAGCGAAGGGGUUGUAUACACAUACGGAUCCUGUGCUUCUUUUUCCUCCCAGGACUCUCACCACUUUGUCUCGAGCACGCCCCUUGGUGUUGUUGCUGAUCGGUUGCUGUGGAGAGUUCCUGAGGAUGCCCCUCCUGGUGGUUGUAUUUCAGCAUGGGGGAUGAAUGGCGGGAGCUUGCUCGGACGGAGCCUUCCGUUGGACGUACGGCCAGGGCUUAAGAAGAGGAACCUUGAAAGGAGGCAGGUUAAUCCUGUUAAGAUGGAUAAUAGUAGUGGGAUUGAUACAAGUGGGCCAUGGUUCGAUGGGGUCAAGUUGUUGAAGGAUAAGGAGGUUCCGCCGAUUGUUAUUGAGGAGUUGAAGAAGAAGAAAAUUGGUAUCCUCGGCGCUGGAAUCUCGGGGCUUAUGACUGGUUUACUAUUGGAUUCCCAAGGGUUUCAUAAUUGGGAGAUUACAGAGGCAUCCCAGAGACUUGGAGGCCGUAUACACACUGAGUACUUUGCCGGAGGUCCAACUACUGAUGAUUAUCAAUACCAAGAGAUGGGGCCGAUGCGAUUCCCUCGCUCGAUCAAAUAUGCCGGAACGAAUGAAACCCUAAUCAUCCGUGACCACCACAUCGUUUUCCAAUUGGCAGAAUACCUCAACAACAUGAACAAAGGUGAUGCGAACCUCGUUGUAAAAUUCAUUACUUGGAUUCAGACAAACCCGAAUACUCGUUCCUACUUCCAGGGCAUCAGGAAGCCAGAUGGAUCUGUGCCUACUUUGGCAGAAACACAAGCCGAUCCUUCACUCAACCCUGCCCCCAUAACUGACCCUAGUUUUAAGGAAGUUGAGGACCAAUUGUUCAACUUGUACAUGACGAAGGAAAAGAUGGCCGAGUUAGCGAACAAUGUUUAUAGGGCUCAUAAGAAGGCUAUUGAUGAAGGGUGGGACGAUUUUUCAGAAUUCGAGUAUAUUCAUACUCUCCUUGGAGCAUCGCUUAAUAUCACAGACUUGGCCAUUCCCUUCCCAGAAUCUUUUGCCGAUUCAUUCUGGGGUGAUUAUAUGGAUAACGUUUACUUCUCUGCUACUGACUGGGUUACCAUUGAUCAUGGCCUUAAUCGUCUUCCACUUGCAUUCGAGCCCAUUGUAAAGGAUAGAGUCCAUUUUGGUCGAAGGGUUGAUAAGAUCAGCUAUUCGAAAUCAGGGAACAAGGUCAAAUUCUCUUGGAGAAAGGAUUUCCGUGAUAGAGACUACCUGAAUGCGGAAUAUGAUUACGCUUUGGUCGCAGCUCCGUUUUCAAUUGUUAGGAAAUUGAGAACUCCAGCGUUCAGCAGUGUCCUCGGAAGAGCUAUCGGCAGAUUGGGCUACACCAACGCUUGUAAGAUAGCAGUGCAGUUCAAGACUCGAUUCUGGGAACACCUGGACCCACCAAUCUUUGGUGGUUGUACGACCACCGAUAUCCCGCUCAUCCAAAGAUACUGCUAUCCAUCGUACAACCUGAACGGUACUGGCCCGGGAGUGCUUCUCGCUUCGUACAACUUCGGGGGUGACGCAGACCGGUCUGUCAGCUUCACAGACGAUGAGCACAUCGAGCACGUGAUGGCCGCUAUGGAGGAGAUUCAUGGCCCUGUUGUAAGGCAGCAGUUUAUGAGGGCUGAACGCAAAUGCUGGCUUCUUGAUGGGCUUGAAGCGGGCUCGUGGGCUGAGCCACUUAUUGGGCAGCAUAAGUUGUAUAUCCCUUCGUAUUUCAAUGUAGAGAAUAACAUCAUUUUUAUUGGGGAACAUACCUCGUAUACCCAUGCUUGGAUUGCUUCAGCACUAGAGUCUGCCGUUCGAGGAACAGUCCAAUUGCUCUUGGAGUGGGGUCUCGUCGACGAGGCGAAGAAUAUUACGGAGGCGUGGAUGGGGAGAUGGAUCACGGUCUAAAACCCGGAAAGUGUUUUUGACAAUGAUGUUAAUGGGAGCGUGCGUUGUGCGCUGUUGGGGUGGGUUAUGAACCGUCUUUUUUUGGUAUUCUCAUAAUUUAUCACUUGCCGGGAGUACGGUGUUUAGCAAAUAAUCAAAGAGUUGGAUAAGUUAA